AUGAAGUGGACGCGAUGGGCAGUCGCGCUGCUGCUGCUGCCCUGCAGACCUGUCUCAACUGCAUUGAAGAGCAGGACUCCUACGCGGCCUGAUUUGGACAGUGAGUUGGCUUGGAAGGAGUUCACGGAUCCGUCUGGACAGCAAUUUCGGCUGAAUGUGCUGACCGGCGAAGCGCAAUGGGACCUCAAGCGACCGCAGAAAGAGCCGGAGACGGCCAGCGAAAUCGGAGCUGCUGAGAAAUCCGUUACAGCCUCACGGGUGAAGCCAGAGAACAGUGCUGCCUCAAAUCCAGUGACCGAGCCCGAGGAAAAGGCACAGAAGCCAGACGCAGCUACAAUGCACGGUUGGUUAGAUAGCUGGCUGGGGUGGGGGGAGACCGUGGUGGAUCCGGCAUCACAAGAAGUACGUGCUGAUGUGGCAAAGGAUCUUGGGCUUCCGGCACCGCCUCCCACUUCUGAGGCUGCUCAUGGGCUUCGGAGGCAUACGGUGGUCGAGGCAGUGGAACAGAAGCCCCUGCUGCGCACGCAACCCACAGCAGAAUCAGUGCCCAGGGCAGGUCAGGUUAAUGGAGCCAGUGCACACGCCAACAGUGGCACAGCAACAGCGGGGCCUGAACCUCAAAAAGAGACACGAAUCGCCAUUGCCGACGAACCACCCAGAGUCGCGACUGAUGCAGCAGCCGCAGCUGCGGAGGAGAUGUUGGCAAACAUUGACAAGCGGCCAGACCUGGAGCAGGAAGCAAUCCGCGACAGCUAG